AUGGCGGGGCAGCAGGCGCUGCUUCUAGUCGGAUUCCUACUGCCUGGCCUCCUCCUCUCAGAGGCUGCCAAAAUCCUAACUCUGUCCCUGGUGGGUGGAAGCCAUUUUCUACUGAUGAAUCGGGUCUCUCAGAUUCUUCAAGAUCAUGGUUGUAAUGUCACCAUGCUUCUCCAGAGAGGAAAUUUAUUGCCACCAGGUUUUACAGAGGAGGAGAAAUCAUACAAAGUUAUUAACUGGUUUCUACCUGAAGACGAUAACAAAGAAUUUAAGAAGUCUUUUCAUUUCUUUAUGGAAGAAACUUUUGAGGGCAGAAGCACAUUUGAACACGUUUUAGCUAUUUUGGAGCAACUAGGGCUUCCGUGCAGUCAUUUGCUAGGGAGAAAUGAUACUAUGAAUUCUUUAAAGAAUGAGAACUUUCGGGCUUCCCUGGUUAUCUCUGUGCCUAGGCACCCUCACGUCCACCUUUUUGUCACCCAUGGUGGGAUAAAUAGUGUCAUGGAGGCCAUCCAACAUGGCCUGCUCAUGGUGGAGAUUCCCCUCUUUGGAGACCAGCCUGAAAACCUGCUCCGAGUAGAUGCCAAAAAUUUCGGUGUCUCCAUCCAGUUAAAGCAGAUCAAGGCUGAGACAUUGGCUCUGAACAUGAAGCAAGUCAUAGAGGACAAGAGGCAGAAAUCUGCCAUGGUCGACACCAGCAUCAUGAAGCGCUCCCACCCCCUGACCCCCAGCCAGCGGCUGGUGGGCUGGAUCAACCACAUCUUGCAGACAGGGGGUGCGGCUCACCUCAAGCCCCACACCUUCCAGCAGCCGUGGUGGGAGCAGUACCUGCUGGAAGUCUUGUUGUUCCUGCUAGUGGUCACCCUGGGCACCUCGUGGCUCUGUGGGCAUCUGCUGGGCCUGGUGGCCGGGUGGCUGUAUGGGACCAGGAAGCUGAAGAAGGCCUGA